CUUUUCCUCUGAUUUUGGUUUCUUCACGAUUCACUGAAUCCGUAAAAUCAUUAUUUCCCCUCUACAGCCACACGGUGCGUGAUUGUUCUCGUUUCAAAUCAGCAAAAACUCAAUCGAUUUCGUGUUUGAAUCUCUAGUUUUCCGGUUCUGAGAGAAACCAGAUCCGAAGUUUCUCGAACGUAAUUGAGGAAGAAGAAAAUGCCGGUAAAGCAUGGGCAAUCGUCGUAUCGAGAUCGGACGGACGAGUUCUUCGCCAUCGUUGAGAGCCUGAGGAGAUCGAUGGCUCCGGCGGCGAAUAAUGCGCCGUAUGUUAGUGGUAGGAGCGAUGUGGGGAGAAGAGAGGAUCCGAGAUCCGCCGCGAGUUUGCAAUCGGAGUUCAGGAAGAGAGCUGGUAAAAUCGGUUUGGCUAUUAGCCAGACGUCGCAGAAGCUAACGAAGCUGGCGAAACUGGCAAAGAGGACAUCAGUAUUCGAUGAUCCUACCCAGGAGAUACAAGAGCUGACGGUGGUCAUCAAACAAGAGAUCUCUGCACUAAAUACCGCUCUGCUCGACCUUCAAGCUAUCCGCAAUGCCCAGAAUGAUGAAGGGAACAACUCUAGAGACACAACUACUCACUCCGCAACAGUUGUCGACGAUCUAAAGAACCGCCUGAUGGACACUACCAAAGAGUUUAAGGAUGUCCUCACCAUGAGAACCGAGAACAUGAAGAUCCAUGAAAAUCGAAGGCAACUUUUCUCUUCAAACGCUUCAAAAGAAUCAACAAACCCAUUCGUUCGCCAGCGCCCUUUGGCUUCUAGGCCUGCUGCUAGUCAACUUGCUCCUCUUCCAUGGGCAAAUGGGUCUUCUUCAUCUUCAUCUCAAUUAGUCCCUAGGAACCAAGGAGAAGCUGAGUCUUCACCAUUGUUGCAGCAGAGUCAACAACAACAACAACAACAACAGCAGCAACAGAUGGUCCCGUUGCAAGACACGUAUAUGCAGAGCCGUGCAGAAGCUCUUCACAACGUCGAAUCAACAAUCCAUGAGCUAAGCAAUAUCUUCACACAAUUAGCUACCAUGGUUUCUCAACAAGGGGAGAUUGCUAUCAGGAUCGAUCAGAACAUGGAAGAUACGUUGGCUAAUGUGGAAGGCGCACAGAGCCAACUGGCCAGGUAUCUCAACAGUAUAUCGUCAAACCGGUGGCUAAUGAUAAAGAUUUUCUUCGUACUGAUUGCAUUUCUCAUGGUUUUCCUCUUCUUCGUGGCUUGAUAUUGAGAUAAAAAUUGAUUUUAAAAGAGCUUCAACAUCUAGACACUGUUCGUUUUCUCUCGUAUCUUAUUGACAUGUAAAGACUAAAGAGAAAGUGAUCCUUAUGCUCUGUUCAGAUUAA